AUCGUUAUGCUUGUCGCCAGUAGACGGCGACACACCGCUAUUCCAAAAAAAAGCUAGGUUAAGUCAUCCGUGCAGUAGUGACUGUUUUACGAUCUCUGAUCUUUUCGCUCGUCCUAUUUUUUUCUGUGGCGUCGGCGAACUUCGGCCAGUGAUAUUACUGUAACAAUUUAGUAUAAUCGUUAGUGAAACUGAAAAAUGUUGAUAAAAGUGAAGACCCUUACAGGGAAGGAGAUUGAAAUAGAUAUAGAACCUACAGACAAGGUAGAGAGAAUUAAAGAAAGAGUGGAAGAGAAGGAAGGAAUACCACCACAGCAACAGCGAUUAAUAUUUUCUGGCAAGCAGAUGAAUGACGAGAAAACAGCACAAGAUUAUAAAGUUCAGGGUGGUUCGGUGUUGCAUUUGGUACUUGCGUUGAGAGGAGGCUGUAGAUAUAACAUUCCUCAUUUAUAAACAAUGGCCGGAGAGGAUAUUGAAGAAUUGUGAGAGCAUAAGAAAGAAAUAAAAUAAAUUUUUAUCAUCAUGCAUAUGCGCUCAAGGAGAACAAAGUCUAUGUUAUUUUAGAUGAAAUAACAUAGUCGUGUGAUCUACAACCUAAAUAAAUAUUUAAUAAAGUAAUUUAAUCAUGAGUA